AUUUAAUUAGAAGUACAGAGAGAAGGUAGUUGAACGAAACCCAGGUAUUGAUAUUUAGUAAAUAUACAUAGAGAUUAAGCUCACUUAGAUAUCUUAGAUGGCUGGAAAUAAAUGGUCAUCUAUGAGUGAAUAGGAGAAGAAAGUAUAGAUUUUUACUAUUGUCCAUAGCCUUAUCUCGACCAAUACAAUGCAGCUAAGGAAAUAUAUGAAUAAGAGUUGAAAGAUUACAAUGAGAAAAAUGGUAUUCAAACCAAUGAUAAGAAACGCAAGAAGUCAGAGAAAGUAAUAUGAAUCAUUAACAAACAAUAGUUUGAUGAAAAAUCAAUGAAAUCUGCUGUUGAUCACAAUGUUGAUGACUUUGAGUCUGAAUCUAUUCAACCUGCCGCCAAACAUUAGCAAUAAAUCAAACAAUAAUAAUAGAAGCAAAGCAAUAAUGAUGAUUAAGUCAAAUAGUAAGCAGGAAAAUAGACUAAAUAAUAACCAUAGCAAAAAUAAAAUCCAGCAUAGACAAAAAAAGGUAAGCAUGUAGAAAUAGAUGAUGACAUCCAAAGAGAUAUUGAUUAGGCAAUGAGCAAUCCAAAAUAGCCAUAAAAAAAAUAGAAAAAAUGAAAACAAUAAAAACAAUAA